AUGAGUCAUGGACAAGCCUGCAUCUUCCUCAGAGGAGGAAAGAGGAGACAAGUAAGUAAAUACCUGACACAUGAUGAAAUAGAAGAGCUGCGCGAGGCUUUUGAAGAGUUUGAUAAGGACAAGGAUGGUUUCAUCAGCUGUAAAGAUCUGGGGAACCUGAUGAGGACCAUGGGUUACAUGCCCACAGAGAUGGAGCUGAUAGAGCUCAGCCAGAACAUCAACAUGAACUUGGGAGGAAGGGUGGACUUGGAGGACUUUGUGGAGCUGAUGACACCAAAGCUUCUGGCUGAAACUGCGGGCAUGAUUGGACUGAAGGAACUUAAGGAUGCUUUUAAAGAGUUUGAUAUGGACGGGGAUGGCUCCAUUACGUCUGAUGAGUUGAGGCAUGCCAUGACGAAGUUAUUGGGUGAACAAACCACCAAAACUGAGAUUGAAGCAGUGGUCAGAGAAGCUGACAACAAUGGAGAUGGCACAGUUGACUUUGAAGAGUUUGUGAGAAUGAUGUCACGGGAAUGA